AUGACGCUUCUUCGUCUCGUUACAGUGGCACUAGUAGCCCUUACCAACAUCGCUAACUCAUUUCCUACCGGUUCAACUAAGCGCCAAGACAAUAACUUGCCCUUCCCACUGUCUCACUUUACCAACACAGUGGCAUCCGUACAAAACACCUACUGCGGAGGAAAUGCGAAUACGCCUGGUGUCAAGUUUGGUGAUCAGACUUUACUGCAUGCCCUUGGCAACGGCGAUACCGUGCAACGCACCAACAUUUAUCAUUCCGAGAGCUUGGGAAUAAUAGCUCUUCCGGUAAUUCCGGACCCGAGACUAGGUCUACCAAUCGGGUCCUUGGUCUUUACAGGCUGGCAAACCGCCUGGUUCAACGGCUGGGUUGCUGUAAGAAAUGCACUAGCUGAGACUAUCAAGGAAUUUCCCAACGACCAAAUCAUCGUGACGGGACAUAGUCAGGGAGCUGCCAUUUCACUUCUCACUGCGUUGUCGAUCCAGAAAGAGUUUGGUAAUACUACAACUAUCCGGGAAAUUAUCGCUUAUGGUGUCCCGCGUGUCGGAAACAAAAAGUUCGCCAACGCAUUCGAUGCGAUAUUUCCUGGAAAGUACACAGGUGUUGUCAAUGGCGAAGACUGGGUUCCUUCUUUCCCAUCACAGCCUAUCUAUCAGCACCCAUCCGGAAUGGUUUGGAUCAACCCUGCCAACACAACAUCUUGGAAGUACUACGAGGGCCAAGAGAACCCCAACGGUCCUCGUUCAAGAGUAGGAAAGAUCUUUUACCCCAAUACUCUGCAGUUCUACUGGGGUGAUCAUCAGGGAAUCUACAUGCACAGCUCUAUGGGUACGACUCUUGGACCGUGUCCAGCUCAGGUUGGAGGUUUCUAA